AUGUUAAAUCUCCCUAUCACAUUGGCAGAACUGAAGGAAGCUUUGGAAGGGGCUGCACGACAUAAAUCUCCAGGUCCAGAUGGACUACCAGCGGAGGUAUACUCUCAAUACGGAGAGGUUAUAUUGCAGCCCUUGCUGGAAGCAUUAUCUGAGGCAGUGGAAAAGGGAACUCUACCAGACAGUAUGCAGGAGGCUAUAAUUAUACUACUCCCUAAACCAGAUCCAUUGAGGGAUCAGCUACCAGUAGGAGCAGAGCAGAUCACUAUAUCAAGUAGGUUUUGUUACAUGGGGGUGGUGGUGUCCCCGAAUGCGGCUGAAUAUCUUCAGCUGAACUUGGGUCCACUACUGGCAAAACAAAGAGAAAAAUGUGACAGCUGGUGCAAACUCCCCCUAUCAGUGAGAUUGCACACGGGGGAGAAGCCAUAUUCUUGUCCUGAGUGUGGGAAAUGUUUUGCACAUAAGUCCUAUUUUUACAGACAUCAGAGAUCACACACGGGGGAGAUGCCUUUUUCCUGUUCAAAGUGCGGAAAAUGUUUUUCAAUGAAGUCCAAUCUUUCCACACAUCAGAGAUCACACACAGGGGAGAAGCCUUUUUCCUGUUCUGAGUGCGGGAAAUGUUUUUCAACGAAGACCCAUCUUUCCAUACAUCAGAGAUCACACACGGGGGAGAAGCCUUUUUCCUGUCCUGUGUGCGGGAAAUGUUUUUCUUCCAAAAGAAGUCUUAAUAAGCAUAAAAAAUCUCACACAGGUGAGAAGCCGUAUUCCUGUUCUCAGUGCGGAAAAUGUUUUUCAGUGAAGGCCAGUCUUUACAGACAUCAGAGAUCUCACACGGGGGAGAAGCCUUUUUCCUGUUCUGAGUGCGGAAAAUGUUUUUCAGAGAAGACCAAUCUUUCCACACAUCAGAGAUCUCACAUGGGGGAGAAGCCUUUUUCCUGUUCUGAGUGCGGGAAAUGUUUCCGUUCCAAAAGCAAUCUUAAUAAGCAUAAACAAUCUCACACAGGUGAGAAGCCGUAUUCCUGUUCUGAGUGCGGAAAAUGUUUUUCAGUGAAGGCCAGUCUUCACAGACAUCAGAGAUCUCACACAGGGGAGAAGCCUUUUUCCUGUUCUGAGUGCGGAAAAUGUUUUUCAGAGAAGUCCAGUCUUUCCACACAUCAGAGAUCUCACAUGGGGGAGAAGCCCUUUUCCUGUUCUGAGUGCGGGAAAUGUUUUGCAUACAAGUCACGUUUUUCCAUACAUCAGAGAUCUCACACGGGGGAGAAGCCUUUUUCCUGUUCUGAGUGCGGGAAAUGUUUUUCAGAUAAGUCCUGUCUUUCCACACAUCAGAGAUCUCACACGGGGGAAAAGCCGUAUUCCUGUCCUGUGUGCGGGAAAUGUUUUUCAAUGAAGUCCCAUCUUUCCAUACAUCAGAGAUCACACACGGGGGAGAAGCCUUUUUCCUGUUCUGAGUGCGGAAAAUGUUUUUCAGAGAAGUCCAAGCUUUCCAAACAUCAGAGAAUACACACGGGGGAGAAGCCUUUUUCCUGUUCAGAGUGCGGAAAAUGUUUUUCAGAUAUGUCCAGUUUUUACAGACAUCAGAGGUCUCACACAGGGGAGAAGCCUUUUUCCUGUUCUGUGUGUGGGAAAUGUUUUUCAGUGAAGUCCAGUCUUUCCACACAUCAGAGAUCACACACGGGGGAGAAGCUUUUUUCCUGUUCUGAGUGCGGGAAAUGUUUUUCGCAGAUGUCCAGUCGUAACACACACCAGAGAUCACACACGGGGGAGAAACCUUUUUCCUGUUCUGAGUGUGGGAAAUGUUUUUCAGAUAAGUCCAAUCUUUCCACACAUCAGAGAUCACACACGGGGGAGAAGCCUUUUUCCUGUUCUGAGUGUGGGAAAUGUUUUUCAGAUAAGUCCAAUCUUUCCACACAUCAGAGAUCACACACGAGGGAGAAGCCUUAUUCCUGUUCUGAGUGUGGGAAAUGUUUUUCAGAGAAGGCCAGUCUUUCCAGACAUCAGAGAUCUCACACGGGGGAGAAGCCGUUGUCCUGUCCCGAGUGCGGGAAGUGUUUCAGUUCCAAAAGCACUCUUAAUGUGCAUAAAAAAUCUCACAGAGUUGAGAAGCUGUAUUUCUGUCCUGAGUGCGGUCAAAGUUUUUCAAUGAAGUCCAGUCUUUCCAUACAUCGGAGAUCUCACACGGGGGAGAAGCCUUUUUCAUGUUCUGAGUGCGGGAAAUGUUUUUUACGGAAGUCCCAUCUUUUCAGACAUCAGAAAUCACACACUGGGGAGAAGCCUUUUUCCUGUUCUGAGUGCGGGAAAUGUUUUUCAGAGAAGGCCAGUCUUUACAAACAUCAGAGAUCUCACACGGGGGAGAAACCUUUUUCCUGUUCUGAGUGCGGAAAAUGUUUUUCAGAGAAGUCCAGUCUUUCCACACAUCAGAGAUCUCACAUGGGGGAGAAGCCUUUUUCCUGUUCUGAGUGCGGGAAAUGUUUUGCAUAUAAGUCACGUUUUUCCAUACAUCAGAGAUCUCACACGGGGGAGAAGCCUUUUUCCUGUUCUGAGUGUGGGAAAUGUUUUUCAGAUAAGUCCUGUCUUUCCACACAUCAGAGAUCUCAUACGGGGGAAAAGCCGUAUUCCUGUCCUGUGUGCGGGAAAUGUUUUUCAGCGAAGUCCAAUCUUUACAUACAUCAGAGAUCACACACGGGGGAGAAGCCCUUUUCCUGUUCAGAGUGCGGAAAAUGUUUUUCAGAGAAGUCAAAGCUUUCCAAACAUCAGAGAAUACACACGGGGGAGAAGCCUUUUUCCUGUUCAGAGUGCGAAAAAUGUUUUUCAGAUAUGUCCAGUUUUUACAGACAUCAGAGGUCUCACACAGGGGAGAAGCCUUUUUCCUGUUCUGUGUGCGGGAAAUGUUUUUCAGUGAAGUCCAGUCUUUCCACACAUCAGAGAUCACACACGGGGGAGAAGCUUUUUUCCUGUUCUGAGUGCGGGAAAUGUUUUUCGCAGAUGUCCAGUCGUAACGCACACCAGAGAUCACACACGGGGGAGAAACCUUUUUCCUGUUCUGAGUGUGGGAAAUGUUUUUCAGAUAAGUCCACUCUUUCCACACAUCAGAGAUCACACACGGGGGAGAAGCCUUUUUCCUGUUCUGAGUGUGGGAAAUGUUUUUCAGUUAAGUCCAAUCUUUCCACACAUCAGAGAUCACACACGGGGGAGAAGCCUUUUUCCUGUUCUGAGUGUGGGAAAUGUUUUUCAAUGAAUGCCAGUCUUUCCAGACAUCAGAGAUCUCACACAGGGCAGAAGCCGUUUCCAUGUCCUGAGUGUGGGAAAUGUUUUGAAUAUAAGUCCUGUCUUUCCAUACAUCAGAGAUCUCACACGGGGGAGAAGCCUUUUUCCUGUUCUGAGUGCGGGAAAUGUUUUUCAGUGAAGUCCAGUCUUUCCACACAUCAGAGAUCUCACACGGGGGAGAAGCCUUUUUCCUGUUCUGAGUGCGGGAAAUGUUUUGCAGAUAAGUCCCAUCUUUCCACACAUCAGAGAUCUCACACGGGAGAGAAGCCAUAUUCCUGUCCUGAGUGCGGGAAAUGUUUUUCAGAGAAGGCCAAUCUUUACAGUCAUCAGAGAUCUCACACGGGGGAAAAGCCUUUUUCCUGUUCUGAGUGCGGGAAAUGUUUUUCAAUGAAGUGCCAUCUUUCCACACAUCAGAGAUCUCACACGGGGGAGAAGCCUUUUUCCUGUCCUGAAUGUGGGAAAUGUUUUUCAGGAAAGUCCAAUCUUUCCAGACAUCAGAGAUCUCACACGGGGGAGAAGCCUUUUUCCUGUUCUGAGUGCGGGAAAUGUUUUUUACGGAAGUCCCAUCUUUUAAAACAUCAGAGAUCACACACGGGGGAGAAGCCUUUUUCCUGUCCUGAAUGUGGGAAAUGUUUUUCAAGGAAGUCCAAGCUUUCCACACAUCAGAGAUCUCACACGGGGGAGAAGCCUUUUUCCUGUUCUGAGUGCGGGAAAUGUUUUUUAGUGAAGUCCAGUCUUUCCACACAUCAGAGAUUACACACGGGGGAGAUGCCUUUUUCCUGUUCUGAGUGCGGGAAAUGUUUUGAAUAUAAGUCCGGUCUUUCCAUACAUCAGAGAUUUCACACGGGGGAGAAGCCUUUUUCCUGUUCUGAGUGCGGGAAAUGUUUUUCAGUGAAGUCCAAUCUUUCCGCACAUCAGAGAUCUCACACGGGGGAGAAGCCUUUUUCCUGUUUUGAGUGCGGAAAAUAUUUUUCAGUGAAGUCCCAGCUUUCCACACAUCAGAGAAUACACACGGGGGAGAAGCCUUUUUCCUGUUCUGAGUGCGGAAAAUGUUUUUCAGUGAAGGGCAAUCUUUCCGCACAUCAGAGAUCUCACACAGGGGAGAAGCUUCAGACUGUGAGGGACGGUGCCGUCCUUCCAACAGAUGAGAGGUUGUCCUGUCCCGAGUGCGGGAAGUGUUUCAGUUCCAAAAGCAAUUUUAAUAAGCAUAAAAAAUCGCACACAGUUGAGAAGCCAUAUUCCUGUUCUGAGUGCGGGAAAUGUUUUUCAAUGAAGUUCAAUCUUUCCACACAUCAGAGAUCACACACGGGGGAGAAGCCUUUUUCCUGUUCUGAGUGCGGAAAAUGUUUUUCAACAAAGUCCAAUCUUUCCACACAUCAGAGAUCACACACGGGGGAGAAGCCUUUUUCCUGUUCUGAGUGCGGAAAAUGUUUUUCAGAUAAGUCCUAUCUUUACACACAUCAGAGAUGUCACACAGGGGAGAAGCCUUUUUCCUGUCCUGAGUGCGGGAAAUGUUUUUCAAUGAAGUCCCAUCUUUCCAGACAUCAGAGGUCACACAUGGGGGAGAAGCCUUUUUCCUGUUCUGAGUGUGGGAAAUGUUUUUCACAGUCGUCCUAUCUUUCCACACAUCAGAGAUCACACACGGGGGAGAAGCCUUUUUCCUGUUCUGAGUGCGGGAAAUGUUUUUCAGUGAAGUCCAAUCUUUCCGCACAUAAGAGAUCUCAUACGGGGGAAAAGCCUUUUUCCUGUCCUGAGUGCGGGAAAUGUUUUUUAGAAAAGGCCAAACUUUCCAGACAUCAGAGAUCACACACGGGGGAGAAGCCGUAUUCCUGUCCUGGGAAAUGUUUUUCAGUGAAGUCCAGUCUUUCCAUACAUCAGAGAUUGCACACGGGGGAGAAGCCCUUUUCCUGUACUGAGUGCGGGAAAUGUUUUUCAGUGAAGUCCCGUCUUUCCACACAUCUGAGAUUGCACACGGGAGAAAAGCCGUAUUCCUGUUCUGAGUGCGGGAAAUGUUUUUCGGAUAAGUCCAGUUUUUCCACACAUCAGAGAUCUCACACGGGGAAGAAGCCGUUUUCCUGUUCUGAGUGUGGAAAAUGUUUUGUAGGUAAAUCAUAUCUUGACAGACAUUUGAGGUCUCACACAGGUGAGAAGCCGCAUUCUUGUUCUGAGUGUGGAAAAUGUUUUAUAGAUAAAUCAUAUCUUGACAGACAUUUGAGGUCUCACACAGGUGAGAAGCCGCAUUCUUGUUCUGAGUGCGGGAAAUGUUUUUCUCAGAUGUCCGGUCUUUUUAAACAUCAGAGAUCUCACACGGGGGAGAAGCCCUUUUCCUGUUCUGAGUGCGGGAAAUGUUUUUCCGUGAAGUCCAAUCUUACCAGACAUCAGAGAUCUCACACGGGGGAGAAGCCUUUUUCCUGUUCUGAGUGCGGGAAAUGUUUUUCCGUGAAGUCCAAUCUUUCCAAACAUCAGAGAUCUCACACGGGG